GGAGGGGGACUCUUAUUUUGUUAGGGGGACCGGGCCGAGGCCCGACCGGCCUGGCAGGGCUCGCCCGGGGCCGGGCGUCAUGUCUCAUGCGGCCGAGCCAGCUCGGGACGGCGUAGAGGCCAGCGCGGAGGGUCCUCGAGCCGUGUUCCUGCUGUUGGAGGAGCGCAGGCCGGCCGACUCGGCCCAGCUGCUCAGCCUGAACUCUUUGCUUCCGGAAUCGGGGAUUGUUGCUGACAUCGAAUUAGCAAACGUCCUUGAUCCUGACAGCUUCUACGAGCUCAAAAGCCAACCCCUAUCGCUACGCUCAGGGGGCUCCAGGACCCCUGCCAUGUCGUCAUCUUCUUCAUCGCGGGUCUUGCUGCGGCAGCAGCUAAUGCGGGCCCAGGCCCAGGAGCAGGAGAGGCGUGAGCGUCGGGAACAGGCUGCAGCCUCUCCCUUCCCUAGUCCUGCACCUGCCUCUCCUGCCAUCUCUGUGGUUGGCGUCUCUGCUGGGGGCCACACAUUGGGUCGUCCUCCCCCUGCUCAGGUGCCCAGGGAGGUGCUCAAGAUGCAGACCCAUCUGGAGAACCCGACGCGCUACCACCUGCAGCAGGCGCGCCGGCAGCAGGUGAAGCAGUACCUGUCCACCACACUUGGGCCCAAGCUGGCGUCCCAGGCCCUCACCCCACCACCGGGGGCUGCUAGUGCCCAGCCACUCCCCGCCCCUGAGGCUGCCCACGCUACUGGCCCCACUGGCAGUGCUCCCAACAGCCCCAUGGCGCUGCUCACCAUCGGGUCUAGCUCGGAGAAGGAGAUUGAUGAUGUCAUCGAUGAGAUCAUCAGCCUGGAGUCCAGUUACAACGAUGAGAUGCUCAGCUAUCUGCCCGGAGGCACCACGGGGCUGCAGCUCCCCAGCACGCUGCCUGUGUCAGGGAAUCUGCUUGAUGUGUACAGUAGUCAGGGCGUGGCCACGCCAGCCAUCACCGUCAGCAACUCCUGUCCAGCUGAGCUGCCGAAUAUCAAACGGGAGAUCUCUGAGACAGAGGCCAAGGCCCUUUUGAAGGAACGGCAGAAGAAAGACAAUCACAACCUGAUUGAACGUCGCAGGCGAUUCAACAUUAACGACAGGAUCAAGGAGUUGGGCACCCUCAUCCCCAAGUCCAGUGACCCGGAGAUGCGCUGGAACAAGGGCACCAUCUUGAAAGCCUCUGUGGAUUACAUCCGCAAGUUGCAGAAGGAGCAACAGCGCUCCAAAGACCUGGAGAGCCGGCAGCGAUCCCUGGAGCAAGCCAACCGCAGCCUGCAGCUCCGAAUUCAGGAGCUAGAACUGCAGGCCCAGAUCCAUGGUCUGCCAGUGCCUCCCACCCCAGGGCUGCUCUCACUGGCCACAACUUCAGCCUCUGACAGUCUCAAGCCAGAGCAGCUGGAUGUUGAAGAGGAGGGCAGGCCAGGCACAGCAACAUUUCAUGCAGCGGGGGGACCUGCCCAGAGUACUCCCCAUCAGCAGCCCCCAGCGCCACCCUCCGAUGCCCUUCUGGACCUGCACUUUCCCAGCGACCACCUGGGGGAUCUGGGGGACCCCUUCCACCUGGGGCUGGAGGACAUUCUGAUGGAGGAGGAGGAGGGGGUGGUGGGGGGACUGUCAGGGGGCGCCCUGUCCCCACUGCAGGCUGCCUCCGAUCCCCUGCUUUCUUCAGUAUCCCCCGCAGUCUCCAAGGCCAGCAGUCGCCGCAGCAGCUUCAGCAUGGAGGAGGAGUCCUGAUCAGGCCUCACCCCUCCCCUGGGACUUCCCCACCCAGGAAAGGAGGACAUGUCAGGAUGAGGCCCCGCCUUUUCCCCCACCUUUUCAUGAGACUGCCCUGCCCAGGUGUACUGGGGGAAGAGGAGACUGAUGAGGCCCCACCCCUGUAACCAAGCAAGGAGGAGGAGUCAGAUGAGGCCCCACCCCUUCCCCACAGGACAGGCCAAUGCAGGUAUUUCAGACGUGGAGAAGGUAGGGACAUCAGGGCCUGUCUCUUGCAGAACGCAGCCUCACCCCUGCCCCGUGGGACCCGCCCUUGCCCAGGUGAGGGAAGGAGACAGGAUGAGGUCAGCCGCUGGCCCCUAGGGACUGUCCUAGCCAUGUUUCCUGGGAUAAAGAGUGUCAGGAUACUGCUCCAUCCCCUCUCUUGGAACCAACAGUCUAGUCUAUCCUGGCAAGGAAGAGGAGUCAAAAUGGAGGUCCCACCCUGGGGGUUU